AUGUCUACUGCACAGCUCGCUCAUGCACCCAGAACACACAAGACAUCUAAGAAAACGGUUUUCCCAACCCAAAUCACUAAUGAGCAACAGUCCUUGAUAAUGGUGAAGAAACUCUUUGCUACUUCUAUCUCCUGUAUAACCUAUCUAAGGGGCCUGUUUCCAGAGAGUUCUUAUGGAGAGCGCCAUUUGGACGAUCUAAAUUUAAAAAUUCUUCGGGAAGACAAAAAAUGUCCUGGGUCACUGCAUAUUAUCAAAUGGAUUCAAGGUUGUUUUGAUGCUUUGGAAAAGAAAUACCUGCACAUGGCUGUACUUACACUUUACACAAAUCCCAAGGAACCUGAGAAAGUGACUGAAAUAUAUCAGUUCAAAUUCAAAUACACAAAAUACGGAGCCACUAUGGAUUUUGACAGCAGUAAUACAAGUUUUGACAGUAGAGGAAGCAGUGAAGAUAUUAAGAGAGCCAGUAUCCUACUGAUCCGGAAAUUAUACAUACUGAUGCAGAACCUUGAACCCCUUCCUAACGAUGUGAUUCUUACCAUGAAACUCCAUUAUUAUAAUGCAGUGACUCCGCAUGAUUACCAACCCCCUGGCUUUAAAGAAGCCGUAAACUCACACUUCCUGCUGUUUGACGGGGAUCCUGUAAACAUGCAUGUUGGGGUAGUCUCCACUGGCUUUCAUAAACUAAAAGUAAAGGUAACCACGGAGACCAACAGAGUGUCCGACCCGGAGGACAGCAUGACCGAGAUCGUCCAUCAGGGCCUGGACUAUGAGGAGGAGGAAGAGGAGUACAGCAAUCAAGUAAGGCCAAGUUCUGGUGAGCCUCCACUGCUUCAGUUAAAUACAGUGGACCCCUUUCCAUUUCAACACGGGGCAGCUCACAAUAACAGAGUCCAGCAGGGCAUGCCAGGUGCUCCCGCCACGGUGUGCUGUUCCCAGGCAGGUCCCCACAAGGGACAGGCCAUCAAGGACGAGGACCUUGAAAACUGUGAGUCAAAAUGA